AUGUGGCGAGAGAUGAGAUUAUCAUUCAAUAUAUUCGCCUUUAUCACUGUCGCCUCGGCGCACCAGGAUAUCUUACAACCCAUCACCACAAACUACGCUCCAUGGACACAUCAGCCAGUUUGCACAGAGCAUCUUGACGCCAUCGACAGUCCGUUAUGCGUAUAUACGAAUGCAACAUUCAGCAACGGGCGAGGAAUCUCCAUCUUCACCACGCCACAGAUCGCAGAAGAAGUGGCCGAACUCCUUCCAUUGCAAGACCCAGCAAUCCUCGCCAGUCAUGGCGUCAAUCCAGACGAGGGUCCAUGGCACGUCCGAGAGCUGCCAGGAAAAGGCAUGGGCGUUCUGGCGAAGCACGACCUCCACAGAGGCGACCGCAUCACUGCGUACACGCCCUGCCUUCUUGCUCACAUGGAGAACGUCCUGUCCACACCGGAGCGCGAGAAGUUCUGGCGAAUCGCCAUCGAUCAACUUCCUUGCCACAGUAAAGAGCACUAUCUGAGUCUGGCGACAAUCUACGGCGACCCAAGCGUCGUGAACCAAGACGUGGUGAAAGCCAAUGCUUUCGAAAUGCAGCUUGGCGGCCAGAUGCAUCUUGCGGUCUUCCCUGAGACGUCACGAAUGAACCAUGCAUGCUCGCCCAAUGCCCAGUAUUACCUCGAACCAAGUCUAUUGGCGCAUUUUGUUCAUGCAGCGAGGGAUAUCUCGAAAGACGAGGAGAUCACAAUCUCCUACGCACCGCCUAUGCAACCUCACAGGGCUCGUCAACAUUAUUUACUCGACGCCUUCCAUUUCACAUGUACUUGUUCACGGUGUCGCAAUGGCAAGGCAUCGGACAUGGCUCUAGAGGAGAUCGAUAAUCUCCAAUCUAGCCUUGGGGAUUGGAGUGCCGAUUCGACGGCCAGCGUAAAGAAUGCGGAGGCCUUGAUACGAAAGUACAAGGAAGAAGGGCUGGAUGCCUUCCUCGAUACAGCGUACGGCCAUGCCGCGCUGACGUAUAAUGCUGUCGGGAGUGUCCGGGGGACUGAGAAGUACGCCAAGUUGGCGGCUGAGGCGGUAACUUUCAAAUAUGGACCGUCUGCAGCGGAGCUAGACAUGUGGAGGGAGUUGGAAAGCAAGCCGCAGCGCCAUUCUAGCUGGCGGCGGAGGAAGUCCAUAGGUUAG